UGACACACGUGCGCUCGCGAGAUGUUUGCUCUCGAAAAAGCGAAACCAAAAUGAGGUUCCGUGUCUUUGGUUUCGUUUUCAAAUAAUUGAUACCCUGGUUGCAAACAGAUGCAGAGCACUGAAAUAGUUGUUGCUGAUGGAGUCUGACCAUGGAUGAGGAACUUGACCCUGACGGCAACAAUGUGAACUCCGUCUUGGCUCAGGAAUCCUCAGAACUGUUCUCCAUCAUUACGAAUCAGUCAAAUACAGUCAUAUUGAAGUUGUGCCAAAUGAUGCCCGAAGGCACUGGGUGGAACGCCGGCCAUCUGGCCCUCUCCACCACUUCAGCAGCAGUAAAAGAAGCCAUUAAAGCUACGUUGGAGUACUUCAAGAUGGCAAGCGCUGUGGAGUGCCGCAACUUUCUUCAGACUGUUUGUAUGCUGUGUGAGGACAUCCCAAUGCAUCUGGAGUCUAGGCUCAUGUCAGUGGCUGGAUAUGCAAACACUGAUGUCAUUCAGUCUGCAACCAGAGAAACAGUGUCUCUGACAACCACAGAUGGAUGUGGAAUUUCCAGUCCCAGGGUAACAGAUAAGAAGUCUUUCCUGCCACCUUCAGAGCCGCAGCACAUCAAGCGCCAACGAAUUGACUACUGGCAGGAGUACAUGACUGCUGCGAAAAAUUUACUGAAAAGACGAUGGGAGCUACUGAGUAGGCAUCUAGUGAAGGAGGUCCAUUUAGAGAAUGUGUGGAUCAACCCAAGGAGGUCAAGCAGAGGCAGAGACAGACCCGAUCAAACCCCGGGACGGAGCAGAACACCUGACCCCGAUGAGGGUGUAGUGUUUCCAGAGUCCAAGGUGACACUGGACAACUUCCUCCAAGAAUGUACAGGAAAGGUGACAGUUGUUGCUGGUUUGGCUGGAUCAGGAAAAACUCUGCUGAUGUCAUGUUUGGGACAGCAGUGGGCAGACGGACUUGGCCCCAUCCCGUCAUCCUUCCUCUUUAUUGUGCUUGAGUUUCGUCAGCUCAAUCUACUUUCCGGUCCUCUUUCCCUGUCUGAGCUGCUAUUCCGACACUACCUCCCUCCUGAUGGGGACGAAUAUAAAAAGAGAGACGUUAUGAAUUACCUAUUUUCUAAUCCAGAGCAAAGCUGUUGGGUGUUGGAUGGCUAUGACGAAUUUAACAGCAGACUCACCAAACAUGACAUGCAGACAGAUCUGCUGGACCCAGAAACACCUCUGUCUGUUGCAGAGCUCAUAUCAGGUUUGCUACAUCGGCAGCUUCUUCCAGGAUGCACUGUGCUGGUGACCUGUCGCUUACGUGAUGUUGUGGACUUGGAAGACAUAUCAUUUAAAGUAGGACAGUUGCUGGAAUGGGGCCAACAUGAAAUCAAAGAAUAUGUGGAAAACUUCUUUAGAGGUCAAGGUGACCCAGCAGUCAGAGAUCAUGGGCUGCAGCCAGCAAAUCUUAUUCUUUCCAAUCGACACUUCCUGGCCAUGUCCUCCCUUCCUGCCCUCUGCAACAUCUGCUGCAUCUGUGUGAAGCAUCUACUACUUGAAGAUAAAGAGGGAGCAACAGGAGUACAAUCUGCAAACAGGGGUGAAGAAAGUGGACCUCUGUUAAGAACAAACGAAAAAGAAGCAAAGGAACUACAAACUGAAGGGACGACAAACGUGGACCACAUAUAUCCCACACUUACCCAGGUCUACCUCACUGUUCUUAGAGCGUUUUUUAGGCUUUACUCUGGUAAAGGUGGAGCACCUGACAAAGCAAAAAGUCCAACACAACAGAGUACUGUUGGCCGACUGGAUCCUCUGAAUCAGUAUCGAGCCGAGUUGUGUGAGCUGACUCAGCUGGCCUGGAGUGGCUUAGAGAAACACAAGAUCCUCUUCAUGGAGGAUGAUGUAUCUCAGAAUCUUUUGGAGUUGUCAGUCAGAACAGGGCUCUUCUCACAGGUGGAGCACAGACACGAUGGGAUGCUUGUCAACAUGUACAGCUUCAUUCACCUGACAAUACAGGAGUUUCUGGCUGCAGUCAGAAUCAUGUCCAGUAAUGAUGUUACUGACACACAGCUUAAGAACAGAUUCAGUCUGAAAACACGCUGGACGACCAAGUCAGACCAGAAAACCGUCUUCACAGACUCCUUUCACUUAUAUGUAUGCGGUCUGGCUUCGUCACGUUGUACUCAGGCCCUUGUUCAGUUAGCAAGCCUGUCGUUUGGAACAGGAGCCCAAAGCUGGGUCCGAAAACGACAAGCCCUCGUUCUGAAGCUGCUAAAUAAGAAAUGCCAAAGCAACACCCUGACUGGACCAAAGAUCCUGGAACUUUGUCACUGUAUCCAGGAGAGCCAGGAUAACCAACUGGCCAAGCAGUUUGUUGAUACGAGACCCACUGUGGAGCUGCGUAACAUCCCCCUAUCAGCUAAUGAUAUUCAUGCUCUUGCUUUUGUAGUUGGCUCAGUGAGUGAUAAUGGCAUUGGACUGGACUUUGGAGCAUGCUCAAUGGAGCCGGAGUGGUUAAAUGUGUUGUCCAAGUGUAGAUGCAUCAACUGCCUCAGUUUCCACAGUCGAAAGUAUGGAGACAAGUUUGCUGAGAAGCUGUCUUUCAUUUUGCCCAAAUUUAUAACCCUGAGAAAAAUAGAGUUUACUGGUGCCACUAUGACUGCAACAGGAGCAGCCAGUUUGGCUUCUGCUUUACAGAGCUGCCAACACCGACCCAUUGAAGAAAUCAAUUUGAGUGACAACAAUCUGAGGGAUGAAGGGAUCAGACACAUUGCUGAUGUCUUUACCAAUCUACCAAAGCUGGCCGUUGUAAUGCUGGGUCGAAACAACAGCUCCCUGCAGGCACUGGACUAUCUUGUUGGCAAAAUGUCUCAAUGUCUGCGCAUUAAGCAUGUUCAUGCAGAUGGGAUGAAAGAAGUGAAAGUAACUUUCUAUCCAAACUCUGAUAUUGACAGCAAUAAAGAACCCUAUGAACCCACAGUUAGCUUGUUAAACCAGAAGUGGAGUACACCUGACAUGCAAAAGCUUGCAAAUUCAUUGGCAUGCUGCCCUGCCUUGUCUUUGUUGGAUUUGUCUGGAGGCCUGUGGGAUGUUGAAAUUCUGAAGACACUGACUCAGGUUCUGCCAAAGUUCCACAUCACCAAAUAUGUCAAGUUGAAUGACAGCUGCUCCUCAGUGAAUGGUUUGGUGGUUCUCACUGCUCUACUGUCCCUUUGUCCUAAUGUGGUGGAGCUGCAUAUCAGACUUCAGCCCAGCAGAGGCCCUAAGCAGAUUUCUAUUGUGUUCUCUGAAAAAACAGAAAAGCCAGCAGUUAAAAUGACUAAAAGACUGAGCCUCAACUGCUGUGGUCUGCUGCCAGCUGAUUUAGACAGAGUGUGGCAAAGUUUGGGAACGUCUUCUGAUCUCACUGUGCUGGAUCUGUCCAGUAACCGUUUAGGCAACAAAAGUCUGAAGAAACUGUUGCAUAUCCUGCCUCGACUUCACAGUAUUCAGGAAAUUGAUGCCAGUAAAAAUGGCAUCAGCAUGAAAGCAGUGUUCACAUUGGCUGAAGCCUUCUGCUCCUGUAACAAUUUAACACAAAUUCACGUCAGCGAUGGAGGCCAAAACCAGGUGCUGUUGAAGUUCUCCCCAGAUAUAAGCUAUAAAAAACUGCAACUCAAGAUAUUUAGGAUAAACCACAGCACCCUGCUGCCAUCUGAUAUAGCCUCACUGUGCAAUAAAUUGGCCCAGUGUGAUUCCAGCAUGGAGUUGGAUUUGUCUCAUAGCCCGUUGAGUGAUCAGGCUGUUAAGAAUCUGCUUGAGCUUCUUCCUAAGAUGAAGUCCCUGCGGAAACUUAAUAUCAGCCACAGCAUCACAUCCACAACAGGAGCAUUAAUGUUGGUCAGUGGUUUCACUGGCAACCAGCGAGUAACAUCAGUGGAGCUUAGUCAUCAGAGUGAGUCCUUUGUCCAUUUUGACAUCGUGAAAGCAGAACAAACCAGCUGCAGGUUAACUGAUUUUAACCUGAACUGUACCGACUUGGAGCAACUGCUACAGAUUCUGCAGCAAGGUCCCAGACUAUCUAACCUAGAUUUGUCAAGUAACCAACUGGAUGAUGAAGCUGUGAAGUGUCUUGUUGGUUUCCUACCAAGCCUUCCAAUAAAAAACUGUAUCAAUCUCAGCAAUAACAACCUGAGUCAGCAGGGUUUAUUGGAUGUGGCCAGCACCUUGUCUGACCGUGGUAACGUUUCUGGUGCAGACGUCAGUAGUCUGGGACCAGAAAAGAGAUGCCUCAUCUGGUUCAGACAAUAUGAAAGUUGUGAAAAAACACUGAGUGUUAGAGACAGUGGUUUGAAACAUGAACAUCUGGUCCGAUUAGCGGAGAUUGUGUCCAGCUGCUCCAGUCCAAUCAAACUGCUGUUGAAAGACAAUUCUCUGCAGGCGGAGUGGAUUCAGGAUUUUGUUAAGGCACUGAACAGAGACUGCAGUGAGUGCAGUGUGAGCAUUAAGGAGGACUGGAUUGGAGCAGAGGAAGCUGUUCGUUUAAUGUGUGUCUGUCUGGUUCUUAAUACGAACAUUGUAUCUCUCAGGGUGCACCAGAACUCACUACACCUGUCAGUAACUUCAGUCAGCAUUAAUUCUAGAGACCCCAACCCAUCACUGACCACAGAGAAAAUAGGCCUCAUUGACUGUGCAGUUCAUGGUCACCGGCUUGCACAUAUGAGGAGCAUCAUCCAGAAGUGUCCUCUGCUGACAGAGCUUGACCUGGAUAUAGAGGCAGCUGAGUUUCUCUGCUGUGUUUUGCCUUUGUUGCCAAAUCUCAGUUCUCUCAGCAUUAGCUCCAAAGACACUUGCCCAGACUUGCUUGAGAAUCUGGCAGAGGUCUUGGUGCAGUCCACAAGCAUUCAGAACCUAAAUCUUUCAGGAUAUGUGAUUGAAGACGCAGCAGCUCAGAUUAUGACCAGAAUGUUUCCCCGUCUACUAUCAUUGAAUCUGUCUCAUUGUAAAGGGUCAGCGACUGCGCGGCUGCAGCUCAGUGAAGCACUGGGGGAGUGUGUCAGUCUGGAAGGCCUAUGUCUGGACCUGUAUGAAGACAACAGAGUUUGUUUAGCACGAGCCAUAAGGAAAAACAAGUCCUUACGCAGUCUCAAGCUUAAUAGCAUUCCUAUGGAACCACCAGCAGUUGAUGGUGUGCUUGAUCUUCUUGGUGCUAUGGAUGGACUCACACAAGUGGAGAACAUUGAAUUAGAGAGCUGGAGGAUGGCAGAAAUAGGAGCAGAGCAGUUAACCAAGCUUCUCCCUGUGUGGACAGGGCUCAGAAAAAUCAGUCUUUCAAAUAACCUCAUAAGUGACCACUCAGGAGACAAGUUACUGGAGGCUUUGAUCAGCUGUAGUCACCUUGAGGAGCUCCACCUGUCUAGCAACCGUCUCGGUGACCUCACAGCUACAAGGAUGGCUCUAGUUCUACCGUCACUGACCCACAUCACUGUGUUGGACAUUUCAGAGAACAGUUUCGGAUGUGAAGGCGCAGUGAGUCUGUCCAAAGCAAUAAUGUGUAUGAAGAAACUCACCAAGAUUAAUCUGACCUCUAUUGGGACUUCAGAGCUGUGUCCUAUAGCUGCCAGCCUGGCCCACUGCCCCCUCAUUCAGGAUGUGAAUUUGGGAUGGAAUAACUGUGAAGAUAACGUUGCACUGGAACUGGCCAGAGUUUUACCUUCAUAUCAGAAGUUGACAAGAAUAGAUCUUGAGUCAAACUGUGUGAGUGCCGUGGGAGUGGAAGCCCUGGUGAAAAUGGUGAAGUCUUGUCCUGCUCUGCAGCUCAUCAGGCUAUGGAGGAACAAAGUCUCUCCAAUAGAAGCCCAGAGGCUCAGUGACAAGGACAGGAGGCUGAAUUUCUCCCCCACCUAAUGUGUGCUGCUGGUGUCAGUUGGAAGCCACAGUUGGAGAUGGAUCACUCCUAGGUACAUUCCAUUUCUGGUGUGGACUCAUAGUCUUACCUCAAAUAAAGGUAAAUGUGACUAAUCACAAAACGCAAAUCACAUUCCCAAAACAUACGGUUACAUGCUACAUGUAAUUUACUGGUUCAGUUAGGUUUGGUUGAAGCAGCUGGUGUCUCUCAGUAUAAAUGAUGGAAGACCAGAUGUACCUUUCCAUUCCUUUUAGUCUCUAAGAUGCUUUUUUAAAGUUCAGAUUGUAUUGGAGUGAGUAUGUAUCCGUCCUAGAGCUGGUUUGAUAAUGUCACACUUUCUGGUCUCUAGUUUUGCAGUGUUCAAGUGUUUUUUGGCACAAUGUGCCAGCAGCAUCGCAGUGUUCCCUCACUGUGUCGUCAGUGCACACCAUGCAUCAGCAUCAUGAUGUGAAUGUGUUAUCGACGUGCAUGAGUGAAGGAUGUUAAAGAAAGAGUCAGUAGGAUAUCUGCUAGUAGAGAGCUAUGCUAACUGUCCAAUAUUCAGAUUUACAGUAUAUAUAUAUAAAUAUAUA